AUGAAAAACGCCGUCAUCCUCGCCGCUCUUGCGAGCACCACAGCGGCUUACCCAUUCAGCGACUACCUCGACGCCAUCUUCGGCACCAAGGAGUCCCGUCAUGCUCCUCCUCCAGAGCUGAUGCCCGGUUUCGCCCCAAUCGGAACCGGCACAGCAUCUGGCAUUCCUUUCCCUACAGCAACAGGAGCAUUUCCCAUCGACGGUAUGCCACCUGUCCGCCACCGCGUCCGCAACUUGGCUAUCGACUACCAGCUCGCCCCAAGACAGGGCCCCGGAGCCGGCAGCGCGCUACCCAGCUUCUCGUUGGCGGAGCCCACAGACGGUACUCCCGCUCUGCCUACAGAAACGGAGGGAGCCUUCCCUGGCCUUCCCACAGGACUCCCCACAGGCCAGCCUGACGCUCCAUUCCCAUUCCCAACGGGUGGACCCGACAUGCCUUCCCCUACUGGCGGCUUUCCCAAGCCCCCUGGUGGACCUGAUAUGCCUUUCCCAACCGGUGGCUUUCCUAAGCCACCUGGUGAUGGUCCUUCUCCAUCAGACCUUCCUUUCCCAACCAACCUUCCUUUCCCCAUGCCCACCGGUGGCUCUCCGUUCCCCUUCCCUGGUACCGGCAUGCCUGGUCUGCCCACUACAAUGCAGACUUUGACUCGCGGUCCCCAGCCCACGGGUAUGCCUGAGCUGCCUGGUUCAGAGAACGGCGAGCAAGGACCUGGCGAUGACGCCCCAGGAGGCUUCUUCGAUUGGCUCAGUAGCCUGUUCGGCGGCGGCAAGAGUGAGAUGAGCUCUUAG